GAGAGAAGGCUGCAAAGGCGAAGAGAAAUUACUCGAGGAAGCAUGGUCAACAGUCGAUAUCCCCUCGGUCUCCUGAGCAUCUUCACCCUCAUCUCUUCCCUCUGGUCGUCGUCCCCAAGCUCAGAGGCUACCUGGCAUCUACCCUUACUAGGUCUUCCGGUCGCUCAGUCUACCCGUAAUCCAUCUCAACUAAGAUUCUUCCGACAUCCCAAUCCGAAGGUCAGACUAACCCCUCGACUACCCUCACUGGCAAUCACCGUCACCCAAAAAAACAUCCUUGGAGCAAUUAACCCUAAGAACGGAACCAUAGUAUGGCGCCUGCUUCUUCCCAAAAACGAACCUAUUAUUCAUUAUGCUGUUGAUCUAAACAAUCGACGUGUGGCGGUAAUUUCUGGCGAAAAUGCGAUAGCCGUCCGACUCUUGUCUCUUUCCGAUGGCCGUCUCCUGUGGUCGAAAUCUCUACGUGAAGGUGGUCUAAAGCAGAAAGAUGGGCUAGUUGGACGUGUCUGCGAUUUGGUCUUCACUACCGACCAACAUUCCGAUCAUAAUAACUUUCCCGAUCUCAUCGUCUUGUCCCACCAAUCUCACGCAUUUAGACUCAGCGGCCACGAAGGUGUGAUACGCUGGACGUGGAAGACGGUUGACCCAACAUGGAAUAUCCUGAGAAUCUUGGAACAAAAAACGGACGAUCAAAUCAAUUUCUUACUCUCCAAGGACGAAUCCGAAAGCACCUAUAUUACCCAAGUUGAGUCUGUAUCGAGUACAACUGGUUCGGCUUACGAUCAACGUCCGGGAUCUCAUCAGACUUGUCGCAAGUCAGGAGAACCGCCCGUUAUUGUCACCAGCACUUCAGAUUCAACAGCUUCGAUAGCCAAGUCUGUGGUCAUCUGCAUCGAUCCCGAGGGUCAUAUCUCAUCAGCUCUAGUCCCAGAUCAACCAACCAAGCCUGCACAAAUCUCGCAACUUUCAAACCUGAAGCACAAGCAUCCUGCCCUGAUAGAUGUUGGUCUUGCUGAAGAAAGUGUAUUCCUGGCCAAACUUUCAGACGGCUCUGCAAUCGUUCUUAAAGUCUCAUCGGACGGGACAUUAAAAUCUAUGUGGAGUUUCGAUCCCACGGACUUGCCGACGAAGUAUGCUGGCUCUAUCGAUCGGGAUGGUUUACCUUAUGUUUCAAAGGUGUCAUUUGUACCUACCCUGGGUCUUGCUAGUUUGGAAAUCUUGUCGUUGACACCCACAGAACGCACCCCUGAAGGGAUGGUUGUUGGAAGUACAUUUGGUUAUGAUUUACAGCAGAAUGGGCCCAUCACUGGAAUUUCUGUUGAGGUUUUGCAAAUCACCAAUUAUACGCCCCUAUCGCGAGUAAUGCUUGUGACUGGAUUGGGUGACAUUCAACUCUGGCAAGGUGAGACGCUGCAGUGGGAGCGUCAUGAGGAUCUUUCUUUGCCAGCCUCAAUUACCUUGCAUCAGUCGAAAGGAUUCGGGGGUCCUCUGAUGAGCACUGACCCUAUAGACAUACCUCGUUAUGUACUUCAAAUGACGAAGGUGCUUUUCUCUGGACUGUUGAACUUUCAAUCAUCCAAGGCGAAUCCAUAUAACCAAUCCCUUGCCAAUGCUUAUGUUUGGCUCAUUGGCUCCGCAACUGGCCGCCUCUUUGCAAUCGUCCGGGAUUCUAAUAACGAAGGGAAGAUAUUAUGGAAGCGAAGCUUGAUGUCACCUGGUACUGUCGGCUCAAGGACAACAUUGAAGUGGGAGAGGCUAUCGUUCGAGGGUGGUCAUACUGGCUCGUACCAUCCACACGUGAUUACCUCUUUACAAAUGGAUGGAAGCCAAACGACGUUUACGAUCGGAUUGAUGGAUGGUGAAAUCUUGAAUCAAACCACAAUCACGGUACCAGACGGGCCUCAAGAUUCCUUAGUACCCAAGAAUAAGAAAUUGUUAGCGAUACAUGAUCGAGAUAUGGGAGGCUCGCCCGCUCGGUUCCUGGGUGAUCGGGGUGCUCUGUUCAAAUACCUCAACCCCAACCUUGCGGUUUACUUUGACGAUGACUUUGGUGGACAGACCAUCGAAAUCCUUGACCAGAAGACUGGGGCGCUCAUCUGGGCAUUCGAGUUUUCCGUCAAGGUCGACCCCGCCUCGAUCAAUGCCGCUCUAACCGAAAACUGGUUGGUCAUCACGAGCCGUGAAACUGAGAGCGGGUCUACCCGUAUCAAUUCAAUCGAAUGGUUCAUGAGCUCUAAAGCUGAUGUUCGAGUUGAUGGGUCGACAGCUAAUAUUACUAGCUCUGCUCGAUCUUACCUCACUCCAUUCGGCAUCAAGGGCUUAGGAUUCACGAAGAGUAGACUAGGUGUCACCUCUCGAGCCCUACUAGUGAUCAGUGAUAUGGACCAGAUCGUUAGCAUUUCUCGAAGGUUGUUGGACGUUAGACGGCCCUUCACGAAACCGACAACAGAAGAAAUCGAAGAGCUUUUGCUCAAGUACGAUCCAUUGAUCAUGAUUGAUCCUAAGAGUAUCAUUUCAGGCGAUCGACCGACUAAAGGCUUAGAACAAGUCUACAGUUUUCCAACUGAAUUUGAAUCGACUUCGGCAGUCAUUGGAGUAGGUUUAGAUCUCUUCGCAACCUCGACGGCGCCCUCGAGGACAUUCGACAUGCUCGGAUCAGACUUCAAUAAAGCCCAGCUGAUCCUCACUUCAGCUGGCCUCCUUCUUACUACCCUAAUUUUGCGACCCAUCGUCCAAAAGAAACAACUGAAACGGCAAUGGUACACUUAAAAAUUCAAGCACAAAGGCAUUUUUUUGCUCAUAGACAUACGUACACUACAGAUGAUCUCUCAACCGCUGCUUGAUAGCUUGUUCUUUUACAUGUCAUUUUUCUUAUUCAAAUCGAUUUGCUUGCUUGAUUGGUAAAUAACAAAACAGGUGUUGUACAUUUGCAAGUAUCUAUGAGUGUAUGUGUGUGUAUAGAUCCAAACAAACACAUUCACAAAUGAAAUAUGUAAGGAGAGAUGUCUGCUUGAUCCUCUUGAGUGUUUCUUGUCCAAAUUAGACAUUGGUAGAUUGAUUCAAUGGAUA